UCAGACGAAUGCUGCAUCAGUGCCCAGGCAAGCUCAGGAGUUGACAUUUCUCUGCCCAGCCAUGGGCCCCAACCUGCUCUUGCUGCUGCUCCUGGGACUAGAAGGUCAGGGCAUAGUUGGCAGCCUCCCUGAGGUGCUGCAGGCACCCGUGGGAAGCUCCAUUCUGGUGCAGUGCCACUACAGGCUCCAGGAUGUCAAGGCUCAGAAGGUGUGGUGCCGGUUCUUGCCGGAGGGGUGCCAGCCCCUGGUGUCCUCAGCUGUGGAUCGCAGAGCUCCAGCGGGCAGGCGUACGUUCCUCACAGACCUGGGUGGGGGCCUGCUGCAGGUGGAAAUGGUUACCCUGCAGGAAGAGGAUGCUGGCGAGUAUGGCUGCAUGGUGGAUGGGGCCAGGGGGCCCCAGAUUUUGCACAGAGUCUCUCUGAACAUACUGCCCCCAGAGGAAGAAGAAGAGACCCACAAGAUUGGCAGUCUGGCUGAGAACGCAUUCUCAGACCCUGCAGGCAGUGCCAACCCUUUGGAACCCAGCCAGGAUGAGAAGAGCAUCCCCUUGAUCUGGGGUGCUGUGCUCCUGGUAGGUCUGCUGGUGGCAGCGGUGGUGCUGUUUGCUGUGAUGGCCAAGAGGAAACAAGAAUCCCUCCUCAGUGGUCCACCGUGUCAGUGACUCUGGACCGGCUGCUGAAUUGCCUUUGGAUGUACCACACAUUAGGCUUGACUCACCACCUUCAUUUGACAAUACCACCUACACCAGCCUACCUCUUGAUUCCCCAUCAGGAAAACCUUCACUCCCAGCUCCAUCCUCAUUGCCCCCUCUACCUCCUAAGGUCCUGGUCUGCUCCAAGCCUGUGACAUAUGCCACAGUAAUCUUCCCGGGAGGGAACAAGGGUGGUGGGACCUCGUGUGGGCCAGCCCAGAAUCCACCUAACAAUCAGACUCCAUCCAGCUAAGCUGCUCAUCACACUUUAAACUCAUGAGGACCAUCCCUAGGGGUUCUGUGCAUCCAUCCAGCCAGCUCAUGCCCUAGGAUCCUUAGGAUAUCUGAGCAACCAGGGACUUUAAGAUCUAAUCCAAUGUCCUAACUUUACUGGGGAAAGUGACGCUCAGACAUGACUGAGAUGUUUUGGGGAAGACCUCCCUGCACCCAACUCCCCCACUGGUUCUUCUGCCAUUACACACUGGGCUAAAUAAACCCUAAUAAUGAUGUGCAAACUCUUAAUGGCUGAAUGGGAAAGGAAACUGCCCAAGUUUGACUAAUUGCUUGGCCUGUGAAUGGAAAAGACUCUGGUCUAAA